AUGCGUCACCUCAAUGCUGCAAUUAACCAGUCUACAUCAUCAAAGUCGACGACUUCAAGUUUGUACGCAUCGUCACCGCAUUCGUUGGUACAAUCAUCAGAAAAGCUGCUAGCAACGCUUAAAAUUAGUCUAAAGCUGUUUGUAAAUGGAGUUGAGCUGUUGCCUGUUAAGUCUUCUGCCUCUGGAAUUGCUCUUGCGGCGUCGAUGGCACGGACAGGUACCAAACGUCCGACACCAACCUUAGCGGCUUGGCGCUUCAAUCCAGAAGCUGGAAGAUUUCACUAUGGUUUAAGCUUCCAAUACCCAAAUUUCGACUCCGAACUGACAUUAUCGGCUUUAAAAGACGUAAGAGUCUUCCUUCAAUCUUCUGUGAUGCAAACACCUCGGCAGAUUGUAGCUGGUCAAAACUGGACAUUAGUAGCAGAGACAGAUCGUCGUAUUGGAUUGGCGCUCUAUGAAGUAGCACUUGGCGACUGGGGUGCAAGCACCCUCAUUGCUCUGGUAUGGACUCAAAGUCGUCAAGUGGCUAAAUUUUAUAUGCAGCUUCACACGAUGGAACUAUUGUACUCAGGUCCACAACGAUACCUUCAAGUUCGGAGGGAUGACGACGUGGAUCAAAGACACGGCUUGCACGCUUUUACAACAGCGAUAAGUUUACGGUCGCUGGAUGAACUUUAUUGGGAACGUGAGAUGUUUCAAGUCGAAUUUUCGAUGCCAGAAAAGGGUGCUGAGAAUGUAAGGGUUGAACUAAUGGAUAGUGUACAUGGGGGUCAUUCUGCCGCUCGCGAUCGAAUGCUUAAUUCUGCGACGGAACCAGUACUUAAACUGGACACAGACGCCGUGAAAUAUGCAAUGAGCAAUUGCUUGCUGGUAGAUUUUACGCUUUGGGACGCUGAUUGCAAUCCGGUUUGGGGAUUUAGUCGUGUCUUAGAGCUUCAGUCAGCGUCAUCACAGCAAGACGAAGACGAGAUCGAUUUGUCGAUAAGCUCUCUCGGACAGGCAACACAGCGCAGGCUGAUGCAUUUUCAAGAUACAUUUCGAGGCAACGAUCUUGUAAUUUCGUUGAUCAAUCGCUCACGAUCAACAUCAUCAAAUCACUCAUCAAACAAAUCAGAAAUGUGGGUGAGACAAGUAACUUUGGGGCUAAGUGUCGAUUUUAUCAAUACAACAUUCUGCACAAGAUACUGA